AGGGAGGAAGGGAGCGAGGCGCGCGCGGAAGGUUAUCUUGUGUGAAACGCUCUGCUAAUUUGGAGUGAAUUUCUCACGAUCACGAUGGCCCUGCUCGGUUUCUGACCCAGAAGUUCACUAGAAAUGUCAAGAAACAUCUUAGGAGGGAUUUGAAACGGUGGACAUUUCAACACUACCGCAGAAAUUCAGGCACCUUUUCUUCAAUACGUUUUGCUUCUUAAUGGAUUGUGUAACAGGUUAAAGUAGUUCAGUUGUGCAGAAUUUUGCUGGUUUUUUUUUUCCUCCAAGUUAAUACUGUCACACGACCCGUAAAAUGUUUGAUUUGUGAUUUCAGUAGUUUAAACAGUUCCAAAGUACUGUUUAAAUAUCACCAAAAUUUCGUGGCAGAUAUUUUUACGUAUAUAUCUUAGGUAUUUUGAUGUCUGUCCUCGUUUUGCAAUGGGAUCUCGUUUCUAAAUGAAGAGAUCUUAGAUCUCAGUGUUUUCUUUUUCCUCCUCUCUCUCAUUUCAGUGCAUUGAAAAUGUUGCUGUUAAUCAGCAAUGUGGUGGUAUUGAGAUAGCUCUUACUGUUUCUCUGUAUAUAUGCUGAUGCUUAGGAAUGCCCUUCAAUUCCGAUGUGAAAUUUUUUUUGCUUUUGCUUUUUGUGUCAUAAAACGGAUAUUUAUUUCACCUGGAGUGGAUGCUCGCCAUAGUGACAUGUACGAGGAAUAAAAAAGAAGAGCGACUCUGGAAGAUUUCGCAUUCUUAGCUCUGGAAUUAGCUUUAUAAAUCCUGUAGAACAAAUGGAUGGGUAGCUGACUUCAAGUAACUCUAUGUCAAAUAGCCACAGGUCAAGUACCUUCCUGGAACUUGGAUAUUACUACAAAGGAUACAAAAUAAACAAUCAAACUGGAAAACACAGAAGAUUACAGAGGAAAAACUAACACCUUCCUGUGCAGUCCCAUUGGAUGUUGGACUUGCCAUGAGGUGUUGAAGCCUUGUUUCCCCGAGUUGGAGAGACUGGACCUAAAUGGCGCAGCAUGACUUUGCUCCAGCCUGGCUUAAUUUUCCUACUCCACCAUCAUCAACAAAGUCAUCGCUGAAUUUUGAAAAGCAUUCUGAAAACUUUCCGUGGGCAGAGAAUCGCUAUGAUGUUAAUCGUAGACGGCACAACUCUUCAGAUGGCUUUGAUUCUGGUGUUGGACGUCCCAAUGGAGGUAAUUUUGGAAGGAAAGAAAAAAAUAGUUGGCGGACACAUGGCAGAAAUGGUACUGAAAACGUAAACCACAGAGGAGGCUACCAUGGUGGAAGUUCCCGUUCUCGUAGCAGCACUUUCCACUCUGGAAAAAACCAAGGAUUGCACGAAAACAACGCCCCCAAUAAUGAAACUGAGAAAAAGGAAGAUAAGGAAGAACGCAAAAAAUUUGAGGCCGAGGAUUUUCCAUCUUUAAAUCCUGAAUAUGAACGAGAACCAAACCAGAAUAAAUCUUUAGCGGCAGGUGUGUGGGAAUAUCCUCUGAAUCCUAAAUCCAGAGCUCCAAGAAUGCUCGUCAUUAAGAAAGGGAGUACAAAAGACUUGCAGAUAUCUGGAUUCCCGGUAGGAGGAAAUCUUCACUCUCAGCCAGUUAAGAAUGGGACUGGCCCAAGUGUUUAUAAGGGCUUAGUCCCUAAGCCUGCCGCUCCCCCUUCAAAGCCUAUACAGUGGAAAAGCCAAACUAAAGAAAAUAAGCUUGGCACUCCUUUUUCUCACGAGUCAGCCUAUGGCAUUGGCAAUUUUAAUUCUUUCAAGUCAACAGCCAAGAAUUUUAGUGUAUCACCAAAUUCUGUGAAGGAGUGCAAUCGCUCAAAUUCCUCUUCUCCUGUUGACAAACUUGGUCCGCCUCGUCUAACCAAACUGACUCGAAUGCGUACUGAUAAGAAGAGCGAGUUCUUGAAAGCAUUGAAAAGGGACAGAGUGGAGGAGGAGCACGAAGAUGGAAGUCACGUUGGACAGGAGAAGGAUGACGAGUCAUUUAAUUUGCAUAACAGCAACAAUCCUCACCACGAGAGAGACAUAAACCGAAACUUUGAUGAAAGUGAAAUUCCUCAAGAAAAUGGGAAUGCUUCAGUGAUUUCCCAACAGAUCAUUCGGUCGUCCACCUUCCCUCCAGCAGAUAUACUUUCAAGUUCACUCGAGGCAGAGCACAGGUUGUUAAAGGAGAUGGGUUGGCAGGAAGACGGUGAGAAUGAUGAAACAUGUGCACCACUUACUGAAGAUGAAAUGAGGGAGUUCCAGGUCAUUAGUGAACAGCUGCAAAAAAAUGGCCUCCGAAAAAAUGGCAUUUUGAAAAAUGGCCUGAUCUGUGACUUCAAAUUCGGACCGUGGAAAAACAGCACUUUCAAACCCACUAUUGAGAAUGAUGACACAGAGACAAGCAGCAGCGACACAUCCGACGACGACGACGUGUGACUUCCCUCACAGCUUUAGAAGCGUUAGCGUGAUACAUCUCAUACCGUUCGGGGGUGAAUUGUAAAAACGAAGAACUCUCAUUUAUGUAGUAAAAUGCCCCGUUAGAAGAAGAUUCUUUGGGGACUUCUUUACGAAGAGAACCAAGAAUGUUGUGUUGGGCCGUGUUGAACAUUACUAUAAUUUCUUUGUAAAUGAAUGUUGUAGAAAUGAGGACUUUGGUUGACUCUCUUCAUCACUGCAGCAUUUCUCUGACUAGCAAUGUGACGAUGUAACAAAUGAGAUUGUUUCUCAUUUAAUAAAAAAUGUGUCAUGUUUUGCAAAGCUUCCGUCUUAAAAUGUCGAGGUCUUUCAGCAAAAAAGGGCAACUUAACAAACACUGUUUCGCUUGCAGUCAUAUUUCUUUCUUACAAUGAAAAUCCUCAAGGCCACUUUGUACGCUAAAAAAUGGACAAUGUAGCAUGUUGGCUAAAAUUGGAGCAAGUGCACUAAAACUUUUUUUUCCUCAACUGA